AUGCUCAGAGAGGCUAAUCUGGGUACACAUUCAUCGUAUGAGAUUGACAGCAAAGGGAUAUUUCGGUACCUGUUUAUUGCAUUUGGGCAAUCGAUACGAGGAUUUAACAGAGUCAUAAGGAGGGUUAUUGUGGUUGAUGGCACUUUUCUGAAGAACAAAUACAAAGGAGUUCUAUUGGUUGCAAUUGUUGUAGACGGAAAUUCUAAUUUGUAUCCUCUUGCAUUCGCAGUAGUCGACUCAGAGAAUGAAAAUUCUUGGGAAUGGUUUAUGAGACAACUAAAUAUUUUCAUUGCUGAUGAUCAUCAUUUGGCUUUUAUUUCGGACAGACAUGCGGCCAUUGCUAAGGCGCUUGAGACUGUGUAUCCAACAGCAAACAUGGCGUCCAAGGUUUAUAGAGUUGCUGAGUUUGAAAAGAUAUUUGCUAAUGUGUGUAAUAUUAGUCCGGCAAUUGGAAAAUACCUAAGGGAUGCUGAAGUCCAAAAGUGGGCAAGAUGUCAAUUCUCUGGAUAUAGAUAUGACAUAAGGACAACAAACCCUGCCGAAUCAAUCAACUCUGCUUUGGGUUCGCCGAGAGAGUAUCCAAUCAUUCUCUUGUUGGACAGUAUCAGGGAAAUGCUGACUCGGUGGUUUUAUAACCGUAAGAAAAAGAUUUCAAAGCAUAAUCAUCCUCUUACCGAAGAUGUGGAGAAAAAGAUUGAAAGGAGAACCGAGAAAGGCAAAAGAUUUGCAGUUUACCCUGUCAGCGAUGGUCGAUUGCUUGUUAGAGGUGAUAAAAUCGACUGCUUAGUUGAUUUGGAUAGACGUACUUGCUCAUGUGGGAAGUACAACCUGAUGAAGAUACCUUGUCGGCAUGCAAUUAAAGCUGGUUUUCAUGUUGGCAGACAGCCACACACAUUGAGUGAUUUAUUUUACACUACAGAAGCUUGGCGAGAAGCUUAUCAUGAAAGCAUCAAUCCUAUUGCUGUUCCUGAGGAUGCUUGGUCCAUGCCAGAAGAUGUUGUCAUGGUUGGUUUGUUCAAGUAUGCAAGUUGUGGUGUUUGA